AUGGCAGUACAUUGGACAAUUGUGGAUGAAAUAAGACUUCUUAGAUGGGUAUCCGAAUUCAAGCCGGCCGGAAUUCAUAAGCAUUUCCACAUGUUUUGCAUAGUUGAAAGAAUGAACUCGCCAGACAAGUACCCAGUGACAUUAUUACAGAAGGAAACCAUGAAGCUGGGGAAAGUUUUUACUGCAAAAGAUAUAUGGGAUAAACUUGGCCAAUCGUACAGUUUAAAAGAUAUUGAUGAAAUGGAGAACGCCUAUUCAUUGGCAACCAUUACGGAGAGUUCGGUGAACGAUAAUGACACUGGUGGCAAUGGAGAAUUUCGUGAAGAAACUUUGCUUGAGUUAAAUAAUCGAAUAAGAUCGCAGAAACAAGAUUUUACUCUGCCUUGGGAUGAAUACGGUGAAUUAAUCUUGGAGAAUGCAAAAAAAAGCCCCACCUCUAAUGAAGAUGGACCUCAAACUGAAGAUGCGAAUGACGAGAAUAAUAAAAUUCCAACAGAGAAUAUUGCUAAUCAUUUAAACAAUAAUAUCAAGGAGAAAAAAGGCAAGGUGGUUGAUAAAGUUAAAGAAUUGAGUGAACGCCAAGCAAAAGAAAUUACAAGUCUAAUCAAACCCAAGACGGAAGUCACGGCAGAGUCGCAAUGUACUGAAAAGCAACACAAAACGGAAUAUAUGAGUGAUGAGGAUCAAAACACAAAAACAGCAGGUAAAACAGCAGCUCCGGUAAGAAAAUCACAACGAUUGAAAAGAAAUAAAGAGGUUAAAUUUGAAGAUGAAGAAAGGGAGAAUAAAGGAGAAGAAGAUGGAAAGGAGGAAAACCGAAUAGAAGGAAAAGAGGAAGAACAAAAAGAGGAAAAAGAACGAAAAGAACAGAUAGAAGAAGUUCAGAAGAUGAAAGAAAACCCCAAAGAUGAAAUGGAUGAGGAAAAUCAUAGAAAUGGGGAAGAUUAUAAUGAGCGUGAAAAAUCAACAUCCUACGAAAAUAGUAAUGGUUCGGAAAGUGAAGAAGUUGAUGAAGCAUUGGGAUAUGAGUCUGAACGUGAGAGAGAUCUUUCAGAGAAGACGCCUGAGCUGGGAAGGGAUAAUUCAAAAAAGAAAGUCGAGAACAAAAAAGAUGAACUGCAGAAUGACGUAAAAAAGGAUUCUGGAGCUAAAAAUGAACCACUAGCGAAGAGAACUCGACAUUCGUCAUCUGCAGGUAACACUAGCAAUGAGACAUCACCUAAAAGGAAAAGGCGGAAGGCAGGUUCGCGUAAAAAUAGCCCUCCAGCCACUAGGGUUUCCAGCAGGCUACGAAAUAAGAAGUAG